CAUUUCACUUGCAUCUGACAAUGACAUAAUUAAUUAUUAUUGUUAUUGUUAACUUCAUGAGUUCAACGUAGUUUUUAAGUGUUUUUAUACGUUUCUUUUGAAAUUAGUGUGUAAACUGCUAGCGCAAUCAAAAUUCCAGUGACGAUGGUGACUGAAGCUGAUAUGGCUGAGAUCAGACGGCACUUGUGUCCGGUAAUUUGUCCGACAAAUAAAGUCGACGCACCGGACAAGACCUACUUACAAGCUGGGCAACUGCCUGAAAACAAACAGGAAUAUGGACCUUAUGUGCCGGGACUCAUUAAGCCUCCAGUGAAGAAGGUCUAUCCACCUGGAGCCCCGCCCGAGUACCUUCCUCAGCCGACUGACACGACUAGCGGGGAUUUCCUCACCAUGGGUCCGAUAGGCCCCUGGGCGUCGGGCCACAUCGACUGGACGCCGCAGGCAGGCAGCACCGGCGUCAGACCGAUAGUAGAUGGGUACUCCAUCACCAGAUACUCCACCGGACAAUGGAGGGAAAACAACUUGAAAAUACUUGCACCUAAACACAUAGAUAAAGCUAGAGAGACUAAAGUUAAAAUACAAGGUGAUCUGGACAACGCUUUUGCGAUUAUCGAUAGUGCUAAUGAUAACAGCAACAAGAUGUUAACGAAGAGAAUAAAGGAUUUGAUAGAAGCCGAGAAAGCAGCUAAAAAAGCGGUCGAGGAUAUUACUGAAGAGAUUGAGAUAUUGGAUAAAGAUAGAGCGACGCUGAAAGGAGCCUGUAAAAUCCUGAUGUUACCGGAAGCCAUAUCGAAGGAAUGUUUAGAUCUGAGGACACAGAGAUUAGAACCAGACCUGGUGAGAGACGACGCCGAACAAGAGCUCAUCACUGAAGUUUCUUUGGUCGGAGAAAUACGCAGAAUAUUCAUGGAAACGCUCAACAAAGUUGAAGAACAAAUGAAAUACAACAGGGCAGCUAAAGCAUUGAUGGAAUCCGAUUGGAGCGACAAAAUCUCAACUGUGAAAGUGGAUAAGAAGAAUCUGAGUAUGAUGCGAGACUCAACACUGCUACUGUUCCAUCCCGGGGUGGACCGGUGGACGGAAAACUCCUGCCCUCUAGAAUACUGGCUGCACUUCUGUGAGGAAAGCAUCAGAAACUGCGAGGAGGUCAGAAAGAAAUCGGAGAACUUACGGCAGGAUUUGAUGACAGCCAUCGUGAAAGGCGGUCAAGAUUUGCGCACCCAAGCGGACCGGACCGACGCCGCUCUCGCCCACACCGUUGAAGUGACAGAAGCGAUGUGCAGGAAACUGGAAGAAACCCUCGUCCAAACCCUCAAGGAAACCGCAGACAUGGAGACCUUCAUAGACCACUUAAAAGAGUCUUUAAGGAAAGUAGACGCGAGCUUCAAGAACGUGAUGACGAGGUUAAACAGUCGGAACUACAGCCGGCCGAAUGUGGAGAACUGUCGUGACGAAGCCCAGUACGCGCUGAUGAAGGAGUGUAAAGACCUUCGUGAGGCUAGGGAGUCUUUGAAGACCCAGUUGAGGGACGCGGAGGCGGCGCGGGCAGCCCUCAUGAAGUAUCGAGGGGAUCUGGAGAAGGAUAUCGCCAGCAAGAGGAAGAGUCUGCUGAUAGACGGCGACCGCUGCGUCAGGGCGCGCCAGUGGUUUCCAAAGCCUGAGGAGUUUGCUAGCGGGUGAGGGUUUGUUUGGAGAUUGGUUUGCUGUGGGAAUAAAUUGUUGGUUUUAAACUUGU